GUAAAAUCUCUCAGGUAAACACCGAUAAAGAAGCGUAUUCACACGGCAACAGGUGCACUCCUUCCCAAAGAGACUCAUCGUGGAUAUAAAGCAACAGAUUGAGCUGCAGGAUGACCGGUACAAAAGUUUAAAGAAGGUUCCUGAGGGCCACAGGUCUAAAAGUUGAAACCCACUCCCUGUCAGACCACCAUCGUUCCACCAUGAAGAGGAACAAGCAGAUCAACAUCCAGCGUACCCUCGCUCUGGCCGGCGCCUUCCACUUCCUGUCCUCUUGCGCCCGGGCCUCGCUGCUGCCCUUCCUCACGCUCUUCCUCCGUCAGCAGGGUCUCUCUCCCUCCAUGACGGGCAUCAUCAUGGGCACUAAACACCUCAUCGCUCUGCUGUGGAGCCCCGCCUCCAGCCUGCUGUCCAAACACUACAACCAGAGGAGGGCGGUGAUCGUUGGAUCUCUGGUUUGUUCGGCGUCCGUCGCUCUUCUUCUACUGUUCUUCCCGCCUGUGGAAGUGCACGAAAACUGUCAUUUUACGAGUGAUCUGAGCGGUGGUCCGACGCAAAGUCCGACAGGUGGUGGUGUGAUUAAGAGCAGCGUUGCACCUCACACGUUACCCAGAACUACGGAUUCUCAAACUCCUGUAAAGACACUCGCUGAUGCUCAACCUGCUCCGCUUCUGACGAACGAAACGGCGCUUUAUGAUCUGGAUAUACCUCCGCUUUCAGAAGAUAUCACAAACAAAAGUCAGACAGAUGGUGGUGGUGCGAUUAAGAGCAGUGUUGCACUUUCCUCUGUAUCCAAAACUAGGAAUAAAAGGUCAGAAAUAAAAAUGGAGGAGGAGAACAACCAGAGACGGUUUGAGUUUCUGGGCAGCCUGAAGGUGAUGGACGCUCAUCACCAGCUCUUCUUCCUCAUCCUCAUCACCGUGUCGCUGUGGGAGCUAAUGGCGUCGCCUCUUGAAUGGACGGCGGACGACGGACUUUACGAGUAUCUCGACUUCGCGGAUGCUUCGGAUCGAUACAGAAUCACCUCUAUUUGGAGGAUCCUCGGAGCCGCGUUUGGCGUCGGAGGAACCGGACUACUCGUUAGCCGAUUACCCUGCCUCAUAGCCGGGAAUUUCCCUCGGAUGGCCGCACACUUCUUCCUCUACGCUGUCAUCGGAUUUGUGGCGCUUCCUGUCGCCGCCUACCUCCCUCUGCACCUGAAUAAGAAGCGGGAUCAGGGUUUCGGUCCCCUAAAAGCGUUGCAGCUGGUCCACAACUCCCCCCACGCUUUGCUUUGCGUCGCCACCACCUUUUUAGUGGGGUGCGCUGGAUCCGUUGUGGAUAAUUUCCUCUUGUGGCAGAUGCAGGACCACGGGAGCAGCGAGAUGCACAUGGGGGUCUCGUUAGCUCUCGCUUUAGUUUCACAGGCUGCCUAUCCUUUACUCAAAGGGCGGAUUUCGAAGCUGCUCACCCCAGGAAAGGUGCUUGUCGUCGGGACAGCAAGCCUCGGUGUGCAGUGUUUCUACUUCUCCUUCCUGUGGGGGCCGUGGGCUGUAAUUCCCGCCCAGAUGUUGAGUUGUUUGAGCUCUGGCGCCCUCUGGUGGGCCGUGAAGAUACAGUGUGAGGAGGUGGCUACACCGGGAUCGGAGAGGAGUGUAAGGAGGAUCUUCAGCUCUCUUUCGCUAAAUUUGGGGAGUAGUUUGGGGAGUUUUUCUGGGGGCUUUGUGGGGCAGAGGUUCGGGUUGACGUGGCUGUUCAGAGGGACGGCGAUGUGUGUGAUGUUGUGGUGUGUGUGUCUGCCUCUGCUGCAGUUUAAAGCCCCUCAACAGUGCAGGAUUAAUUACUCGAGACUGCUGGCGGCUAACGGGAGCGACGCCAGCGACUCUGAGAGCGAAUCGGACUGGCUGGAGAAAGCGAUGGAAGAGAACAGAAGCAAAAUCAACUCGGGGAGAAAGAUCCACUGAACUGAAAGCAAAAUAAUUCAAAAAGUGAAGUAGCAAGAGAUGAUUUACCUCUCCAAAGUAAAAUGAUAGAUCCAUUUCUAUCAGAGGGUAUAUAAGAGUUAUCAUGAAGAAAUUGUUGGUCGACUUGCACUCGUAUAACUUUGUCGACCAAUCAAUUUUUUGUCUUAAUUGACAGAAUUAUGAAAAAGCACAACUUUAUAAACCCCCGUUUCUAAGAGAUGUGUGCAAAAGCAACAACUAUAGUGAAUUAUGACUGAAAAGUUCUGCUUUUCUAAAACAAAUAUCUGCAUAAUAUAUUUAUAUACUUGACCCUACUUUUACAACAUUAGAGAACCCCUUUUUAUUUCUGAGGUAGGGUACAAACAAUGCAAAACAUUUGUUAUUUUCUUUGUCAAUCUUAAAUUGUAUGUUGUCUUAUGUUACAAAAAAACUCUUCUGAUCAUAAGUGUCAUAGAAAAAGUGAUUCAGCAAGAAAAAGACAAAAAAACGUACUAAUUGAUACAGGAUGUUACACCAGUGAUGUCAGAAGUUGUGUGAUAACUACAACUACUAACCCUAACUAAUCCUACCAAUAUAUUUGUUUCAUACUGUCUUGCUUGUAUCCUUUACUUCAUAAGGAAGCUCAGCCGAAAGAAAGCUCAUGGAUUUCCUACUUUGACAGCUUUAAUUAAAGUCAAAGUGCCAAUGUUUAACUUUAGCUGCUCAUCAUUUCUUCCACCAGAGUUAAAUGGAGUGGCAGUCUGCAGUUACUGAUGGACUUCCUCUCUGAGCCUUUUCACAUUAGCAUAAGCAAUCAUUGUCUUUUAUAUAAAGCAAACAAGGUAGCAGGAUGAUGGCUCUGCAGAAGAAGACGACGAGGCAAGUUUAACCGCUCGGGUUUAAGUUGUUUUUCUUCAGGCUUAAACACAAGAUGUUUGCAGACGAUGAGGCUCUGACGUCUGGUUUCACCACACCCCAAAGCCUGUUUAUCUGAUGUGAUUAUCACCACUGUCAUGCAUUGUGUUCAUGCCUUUUAUUCUACACCCUUUAAACUGCUGAAACUAUUUAAAAGGCGGGAUGGUGAUCGUUCUGGCAGUUCAUUAUAUGCAAACUAUGUAAAUCACUUGGUAUGGUAUUUAAGUAAUUUCUAAAGAGUUUCUCAUUAUAAUUUAUUUUAUUUGUCGAAAACAAGGUCCUAAAAAGGGCCAGUGGAGAGAUGUUGUGAAUGUUUAAUCAACAGCUCAAUUACAUUUCCUAGGAAAAUGUAUUAAGUUGGAGACCAUACGUUUGUCCUAGAGUUAUCUAUGUACUGAUUGUCUAAUGUUUGUUCUCUAAGAGCUUCCUUCCAUUUUGCCGAAAAUAAAAGGAUUAUAGUUGUUUGAUAUUUUGAUCGUCUUGGUUUAAAAAACUCUUGGAGUCAAACUGAAUGAUACUUAGAAACAAAGGGUAACUGGGAUUGUAAUUUUGUGUGAGAAUCUUGUGUUAUAUGUGAAAGCAAAUGUGUUUUUUGAGCUGUGCCGGAAAAUGUUUAUCAAACCUGUAUUUCAAUUUCACGAAACAUACCGCAUGUGUUAGAAAUCAUUAGAGAUGUGUGUUGAAAAGAAAAUAUUUUGUUUGUGCAAAACAAAUAAACAUUUUUCCUUUUAUAUUU